AUGCAGCGGAGACUUCAGGGUUCAAGUUUAUUUCAUCCUGGUGGAGCAGCGACACGUCAGGCUGACGCUCGCUCGCUCACCAUGGGCUGUGUCUGUGGCUGUGUCUGUGCUCUGCUGCGGUCUCUCUGGUUGCUCAGUGUGAUUUGCAUGACACGCACUUCUUCCUUGGAACUCACGAUUCUUCACACUAACGAUGUGCACGCCAGAGUGGAGGAGACGAGCGAGGAUUCGAGCAUGUGUGCCACCAACUGUUACGCAGGCGUGGCCAGGAGAUUGACAGCCAUCCGCCAGAUCAGGGAGAAAGAGAAGAAUAUGCUGCUGCUGGAUGCCGGGGAUCAGUACCAGGGGACCAUCUGGUUCAAUUAUUUCAAGGGUGCUGAGGCUGCUCACUUCAUGCGCAAGCUGGGAUACGACGCAAUGGCACUGGGAAAUCAUGAAUUUGACAAUGGUGUGGAUGGCCUUUUGUACCCCUUUCUUCAGAAUGUUACUUUUCCUGUGCUGAGUGCAAAUAUAAAAGCAGAUCAGCAGUUAUCACCAAGCAUCAUGGGCUACUAUGAACCAUAUGUGAUCCUAAAAGUCGGUGGGCAAAAGAUCGGUGUGGUUGGGUACACCACCAAAGAAACCCCAAUGCUUUCAAGCCCAGGGCCGCACCUAUUUUUCGAGGAUGAGAUUGAAGCUCUGCAGCGUGAAGUUAACAAACUCACAACUCUGGGAGUUAACAAGAUUAUCGCCCUAGGUCAUUCAGGUUUUGAGACUGACAAACAAAUUGCAAAGAAAGUGAAAGGUGUCGAUGUCGUAGUGGGAGGACAUUCCAACACUUUUCUUUACACAGGCACACCUCCUUCCAGUGAUAACCCUGUUGGUCCUUAUCCUUACUGGGUAAAAUCAGAUGAUGGCAGAAAUGUCCCUGUGGUACAGGCCUAUGCAUAUGGAAAAUACCUUGGAUAUCUAAAAGUGACAUUCAAUGAUAAGGGAUUGGUGACCAAAGCUGAGGGAAAUCCAAUAUUAUUAAACAUCAGCAUUGAUCAAGAUGAGAUGCUGCUGGCUGAUGUGAACAACUGGAAAAAAACACUUGCCAAUUUUGGAAAGGACUACAUUGGAAAAACGUUGGUUUAUCUGAAUGGAACCACAGAGGAGUGCAGGAAUCGGGAAUGCAAUAUGGGGAAUUUAAUUUGUGAAGCCAUGAUUUAUGAAAAUAUCCGGAAACCAGAUGACAGUUCAUGGACUCAUGUAUCCAUUUGUUUGACACAAGGGGGUGGAAUCCGUUCAUCCAUUGACGAACAAGUUAAUAAUGGAACAAUACUAGUAGAAAAUAUUUUGGCCGUUCUGCCAUUUGGAAGUACUAUUGAUCUGCUCAAGGUUCGGGGUUCAACGUUAAGAGCAGCUUUUGAGCAUUCUGUCAGAAGAUAUGGACAGAACACAGGGGAGUUUUUGCAGGUGUCUGGUGUCCACAUAGAAUUUGACCUGAGUAGAAAACCAGGACACAGGGUGGUCAAAUUAGAUGUUCUCUGUUCAGACUGCCGCGUACCUCACUAUGAACCGCUCGAAGACACCAGAAUUUACAAAAUCGUUGUCAAUUCUUACAUUGCUCAGGGUGGAGACGGAUUCACCAUGUUGAAGAAUGAAAACCUGAAACAUGACACUGGUGACACAGACAUUUCAGUGCUUUCAAACUACAUCAAGCUAAUGCAACGGGUUUAUCCUGGAGUUGAUGGAAGAAUAUCGCUUAUUGGAAACAGUGGCACACAGUUAUACAUUAAUAUGAAAAUUGGAUUACUUUCUGUCUCAAUUUUUGUAUUCUUUUUCCUUUUUUGUUGACUUUGAUGAGUUGAUUCGUUUAGUGAAAUAACUAGUCCCUUUCCUAAUGUUGUUUUGCUGUAACUUGCAUAUGCAAAGUUAUAUUAAUAAUAUUUUCUAUUUAAAAUACUGAUGAGUUGAUUUUCAGACCAACUGCUUACUGAAGAGGUGAUUGGAUUUCUAGCUGGAGCUUCACAAUGCAACCAACAAGUGACUUACAUUUACUUAGUGCCUUUCACAGCAACAAAUAUGCCUUAAAGUGCUUUCCCAUUGAUAAGAGUUCAGCCACGUUGGAAUGUGGGAAACGUGGCAGCUAGUUUCUACGUGGAGUCUCCAACAAACAGGAAUGAGACAAAUUACCAGAAAAUCUGUUGUAUUUCUUGUCUGAAGAAUAAAUACUUGGCAGGACAACAAAUUUGGGUAAGAGUUAUCCAAAUCCAUGCACCUCUUCUAAAUAUCUCUUGUAUCUACAUAUGAAAGACAGAAACUCUGUUCAAGUUCCUGUCAGAAAGACAGCACCUCCAGCACUGUAGUGCUUCCUCGGUACUGCAUUGGAACAUCACCCAGACAUUGUAUCCAACAUUCUGAAGUGAAAUUCUAACCUACAACCUGACUCCAGGGUUAUCUCUGAACCAUGGAAAUGACCAACACUGUGCUCACAAUAUGUACAGUCCUAUAAGCUGAUAGCAGUACCUCAGCUUGUGUAUUUUCAUAUGAAAUUAUGGAAUUUGGAGCUCGAGUGAUAUAAUUCAUUUGUUAUACAAAUUAAGGAAUGUUUCUUACACUGAAAUCAGAAUACUUUGAACAAGAUUGCAGAAACCAUACAUCUACCAAAAUUCAUAUCAGGCAUAGUAUCUGGAAGCAUUAAUAGGUUAAUUUUAAGAUGAUUUUAUGAUGAAAGGAUUGCUCUCUCAUGGCUUUGCUCACAGAAGUUAAAACAUGCAAUGUUAUAUAGUGGCAAAAGAAUGAAACUAAGUAAUGUGUAACUUAAUUUUUGAGAUCUGAUUGAUUAGUGCACUUA